ACUCAAAUCAAAUAGCAAGUUCAAGUUGAAAAUUGAGAGGUGUUUCGUGACCUCGACUUGACCUCAACAGCUCUCUCGGUGACCUCUGCGGUGUGGGUGCAGCCGCCGGGCACUUGAUUAAAAACAAGAUAGGUACCCUGCCCACGUUUAUACACUUGGUAAAAACUCAGGCUGGUACAAAAACUGGUCGAGUUGUGCCCUGCCCAAUCGUUGUCAUUCACACCACUCAUUUGUGCUGUUUGGUUCAGUUUGGUUGCUGUUGCUGGCAAUUGGACAAGGAGUAGUGUGGGGCUAUUUGCAUUGAGAAGAGGAUUCCUGCUUGUUUUUAUAUAUCUUGAUUUCAGCUUAAGAAUUCGAAUUUCAAAUUAAGGAUACACAUCAUGCGUCUGGUAAUUUUGGACAAUGCUAAUCAGGUGGCUGAUUGGUCUGCUCGAUACAUUGUGAAGCGCAUCCGUGAUUUUAACCCUGGUCCGGAUCGGUACUUUGUGCUUGGUCUUCCAACAGGUGGUACUCCUGCUGGAACAUACAAGAAACUUGUCGAGCAUUACAAAGAGGGAAACAUUUCCUUCAAGUAUGUCAAGACCUUUAACAUGGAUGAGUAUGUUGGUCUGCCCCGCGACCACCCGGAGAGCUAUCAUUCAUACAUGUGGAACCACCUGUUCAAGCACAUUGACAUCCACCCAGAGAACGUUAACCUGCUGGAUGGCACCUGCUCUGACCUAGAGGCAGAGUGCGCCCGGUAUGAGGCCAAGAUCGCGGAGGCCGGCGGCAUCGAGCUCUUCAUGGGAGGGAUCGGUCCCGACGGUCACGUGGCGUUCAACGAGCCCGGCUCUUCGCUCGUGUCCCGCACCCGCGUCAAGACGCUCAACCAGGACACGAUCCAGGCCAACGCGCGCUUCUUCGACAACGACAUCAGCAAGGUGCCGACGCGUGCGCUGACGGUCGGCGUCGGCACGGUCAUGGAUGCUAAUGAGGUGCUGAUCCUGAUCACGGGCCAGCACAAGGCGUACGCGCUGCACCAGGCCAUAGAGGAGGGCGUCAACCACAUGUGGACGGUGUCGGCCUUCCAGCAACAUCCGAAAACUAUCAUGGUAUGUGACGAAGACGCGACGCUCGAGCUCAAGGUCAAGACGGUCAAGUAUUUCAAGAGCCUGCAUCAGGUGCACCAGCGGUUGAUAGAGGAGGAGGUCUGUAGCUCUGACAAGGCUCACGGUAACGCCACUAGGAACGGUUACACGGCGUCUGGUCACGGUGACAAGGCGACUGGUAGCUAAACCAGAGCUGUGGUCGGUUCACAGCAAGCAGAUCGACGAUCCGGUGGCGUUCGAGUCGACCCGUCACGGCUAAGUGGCGCUGGCGGUCCGUCCUGCGAUAUCUAGGUGGCGCUAGCGGUCCGCCCGGCCGGCCGUCGGGGACCGGACGGACGGGCGCUGCUCUGCGUACGCUCACAAGACACGAACACAGACUGUCGCCUCGCCUCUGUUGUGGCGCCCUCGGUACUCGGACUCGACUGUCCUGGUCUGCUGUGGUGAUAGCUUCUGUCGGUGGUGAAGGCUGCAGGUGUUGGGACGUCAAGGGUUGACGGUGCAGUGCCAAGUGAUAAUAACUGUAGUACACUAUAGUAUAGCCAGCGCCGAGUGAUACGGUCGGUCAGUUUAAUAUUUGAUAUUAGUUUUCACAAACUCUGUGAUACAUAUAAGAGUAUAUUCAAUGCUAUUCGCUCUCAAAGACGAUUUAUGCAGGCAGUGUUUACUGUUUACCAUGACAUUGGUUUUAUAAUGACCAGUUUGCCUCGUAUGAGUCUGGUUGAAACUUGAUGCCUUGUUUCUGGACUGGUUUUUAUGGUACCCGAACAAAGAUUUCCAUGUGAAAUACAUGUACUCCUUUA